GUUGGAGGAUAUAUAUUUAUAUUUUGGCAGGCUUGUAAAAAGCAUGUGAUGAGGCUGUAGAGAGGGUUAACCAUAUCACAGCAUCUGCCUUUAAUCAGCAGAGGGUGGUAACACUGCAAAUUAAAACUGAUUUUUAGAUCAUUCUAAGAGUUGACUUCCCUGGGAAGAAGCCAGGCUCCAGACUCAUUGACAGGGAGAUGGAAAAGGGAAACGUAGCUGAUAAUGCGAAUCAGGAUGACUAGGUAACUUGCUGGGGCUUCUUGGAAUGAUUACCCAUCACUGCAGCCCCCAAGUGAACGGUGGACCAGCUCGAAAAUCUGAGUUCUGGAGGAAGCCUAGGAAGUAUGAGCUGGGAGAAAAGAAGUUGGCAUUUUGCCUUGUGUGAAGGACAAGGCUGGGGAAGACAGCUCCCGGGCAUCAAGCGGACACCGGAGGUGAGAAGGGAAAGGCUGACCAAGAUAAAUCAGCCUGCCCAAGGUGCAGUAGCCACCAUGACCUCAGUAGACUGAUGAUGGAAGAAAAGGAAACUGGGAGAUCCUGUGCUCUAGCUUCCCUGGACGAUGGAUGGAGGACAGCCCGUCCCUUCACCCCUAGUGCCCCUUGAGAACGCAUCAUCAGAUUCUAGCAUGUCUCUGGAACAGAAGACCACAUUUGUUUUUGUGAUUUUGUUGUUCAUUUUCUUGGGCAUCCUCAUUGUCAGGUGCUUCCGGAUUCUUCUGGACCCGUAUCGGAGCAUGCCAACCUCGACUUGGGCUGAUGGACUUGAAGGGCUGGAGAAGGGGCAGUUUGACCAUGCCCUUGCUUAGCAGAGGGGGCGCUCCAGAGGAGGUGAAGUGCAUCAUGAUUUGGCAAGGAUUUCUCUUUAGCCAGUAUUCUAAACACACCAAGUUUCAACAACACCCAGUCGUAGGUCCACAAUCCCUCCUUUAUUAACCAUGCCGCUGGGUUACAAAACAUUUGAGGAUAUGGGGGAUGAAGGUUUCUAACACUCGCCAAAAAUAGGAAGGUUUGAAUUUCUUUGUUUAAUCAAUGAAUGAGUACUUCUGAAUACGUGUGAUGGUGAAAGCAAGAGCACCAGCACUGACAUAAACUUUGCCAUAAAAUGAAGCACUCUCCCCCCUCAACCAGAGAAUAAAGAACAUAAUGGCUCUGAAAUGAAUCUGGUCAUGGGGCCACAAAGAGACUUCUUUGCUCUGAAGGUGUCUCUCAGUUUGCUUUACCAUCGUGGGAAUCGGGUCCCUGGCAGAGAGUAAGGAAGACUGUGCUGAGUGGACCGAAGGAGGUCCCCAUUCUCUCCUACAAAGCAGGCAGCUUUGGGGAGCAAACAGCACAAACAGUUCAGCGCAAACAGUUCCAUCCUAGAAAAGAUGAGUGAGGAUGAGCUCAUUUUAUUUCUCAAAUACAACUGAAAUCAAAGACUUGGGGAGGUUUGAAAACGCUUCACCAGGCCAAGUACACUCUAGGUAUCUGUAUUAAUAACCUGUGUGGAGGGGUCGAUACAUAAUGCGAAUUUACUUUUUUCACCCACAUGACUGAAAUUCUGGGUUGCAAAGGCAGCUACGAGUCGUGUUUGCAAGCAAAAAGUUAGUUGUCUAGAAGAGAAGACUUUCACAGUCUUAAGAGGAAUGUGUGUUUAUGACUGAAUAGGGAAGCCAAAUAAAACUUUGCAAGAAACGGUAGCAUCUCCUCUCCUAUUUCACCGAGACGAAUGCACUGGUGGCCACGUGUGAGACGGAAUGCGGAGGACAGAUAGUGUCCCGAGAGACAGAAAAAGCUGCAAGGUCAUCGAGUUCAACCCUCUCGCAUUUGAGAAAGGGCUCCCACAGAUCGUCCUGCCUGCGUACAAUCUGUACUAAGCACUAUUUAAGACCCCAAAAAAGAGAGAUGAGAAAACCUCUUAUUCCAACUUCUAUUGUAGGAAAACCUUGUACCUAAAUGAAACUCCUGAAGCUGUAUUUAUAAUCUAUGUCUUCUAAUUUUCUCCUCAGCUAGCCAUCCAAUUUUUUUUUUAUUAAAAAAAGAGUUAAAAAGGCCAACCAUGCCCGAAAAGGCAGCCCUUAAAAAAACUGCUUUAUUGUCUCCCCCCCCCCUUUUUUUUUAACAUUCUUUGGAGGACCUGCUGUGCAGAUUUCCCCCCUCCCCAUGUUGCCUUUGACUUACAAAUAUUUGUUAAUUAAUUUUUUAAAAAUAAUUCCUACACCCAACGUGGGGCUUGAACUCACAAUCCAAUAUCAAGAGUCAGCUUUUCCAAAUGAGCUAGCCAGGCACCCCUCUUGAAUUAAAAAAAUAAAUUAAAAAAAUAACAGCUUUAUUGAAAUAUAAUUCACAGGCCAUAAAAUUUACACUUUUAAAGCGUACAAUUCAGAGGCUUUUAGAUCCUUCCCAGAGUUGUGUGACCAUUACCACUGUCUAACUCUGGAAUUCUACACCCACUAGCAGUGACUUCCCAUCCCCUUCCACCCAGUCCGUGGCAAUCUUGAAUCCACUUU